AUGGCUUCGAUCAGGUGUCUAAGGGUGUCCCAGACCCUCUCAAAAUCUUCAAUCCGCCCAGCGCGAUGCACAAGGACAACAGCCGCUGCAGCCCCACUAACACAGCGCCGAUACAAGUCAGGACCUUAUGGCUAUACGCAAGCCAAAUCUCUGGUUUUUAGCAAGUUUGGCGAGCCGGAUGAUGUCCUCAGAAUACACACCCACUCCAUAAGCCCCUCGCUUCCUUCGUCCUCCCUGCUCCUCCGCGCCCUCGCCGCGCCGAUAAACCCAGCCGACGUCAACACGAUCCAGGGAACCUAUGGCGUGAAGCCCGCCUUCUCGCCCCUGAUCGGCACCUCGGAGCCGUCGGUGAUCCCCGGAAACGAGGGCGUCUUCGAGGUUCUCUCGGGCUCCUCGUCCAACGAACUCGGCGACAUAAAAAAGGGCGACUGGGUCAUCCCGGCCAAGACGGGCUUCGGCACCUGGCGCACCCACGCCGUCGCCGAGGCCGGGAGCGUCCUCCGGGUCGACAGGGACGGGCUCACCCCGACCCAGGCCGGCACCGUCGCCGUCAACCCGUGCAGCGCGUACCGCAUGCUGAGGGACUACGCCGACCCACCCCUCCGCGAGGGCGACUGGUUCAUCCAGAACGGGGCCAACUCGGGCGUCGGGCGCGCCGCCAUCCAGCUGGGCCGCCUGUGGGGGUACAGGAGCAUCAACGUGGUGCGCGGGAGGGACACGCCCGAGGAGACGGAGAAGCUGAGGCGCGAGCUGAAGGAGCUGGGCGCCGACCACGUCGUCACGGAGGAGGAGUUCCUGAGCCGCGAGUUCCGGGACCAGGUCAAGGAGUGGACCCGCGGGGGCCGGGAGGGCAUCCAGCUGGGACUCAACUGCGUGGGCGGAAAGUCGGCGCAGAACAUGGCCAAGAACCUGGGGGCGAAUGCCAGCCUGGUCACGUACGGCGGCAUGUCGAGGCAGCCCGUGGUUCUGCCGACGGGCCUGUUAAUAUUCAAGAAUAUCAAGUUCCUCGGCUUCUGGCUGAGCAGGUGGGCGGACCAGAACACGGCGGACAAGCAGCGGACGGUGAACGAGAUCCUCGGCUUGGUGAGGGAAGGCAAGUUCAGGGAUACGCCGGUCGUCGAUGUCAAGUGGGACUGGGACACGGAGGAGAGCACAUUGAGGGAGGCGGUCCAAGGCACACUGCAGGGCUUUAGGCAAGGCAAGGGAGUGUUUGUCUUUGGGGAGACUUAA